CAGGCCCAGAAGCCGAUUUGGACGAAGAGAAGAUGGGAAUGCUCCGCAAGGCCUUCGCGAUGUUCGACAGCGGGAAGACCGGCAAGAUCGAGAAGGAGAAGAUUCGCACGAUCCUCAAUACUCUCGGGGCAAGCUACAUCAACGAGGAACUUGAGGCUCUGCUCACCGAGAACGACGUCGACGGAACGGGGAAGUUGAAUUUCGAUUCCUUCGUGAGAGUCGUGGGCCACUUCCUUGAGGAGCAGGAUGAAGAGGCGAUGCAGAAGGAGUUGAAGGAAGCAUUCCGUCUCUAUGAUAAGGAAGGUAACGGAUUCAUCCCGACGGCGGCGCUGAAGGAGAUCCUGGGGGCGCUGGACGACAAGCUGACCUCCGCUGACCUGGACAACAUCGUAGACGAGAUUGACGAGGACGGGUCAGGCACCGUCGACUUCGAUGAGUUCAUGGAGAUGAUGACCGGCGACUAAGCCAACAGCUGCUGCCAUCUAGCGUCGAAUCGGCUAAGCUCUGCCCCGGCUCUGCUCGGCCUGCCUUCCGCACGCUGCUACACGAUUCGCGCCUCUCACCUAAGCGCCAUUAUCUAUGUAUACUUUUUCACUUCGCCCAUUUUACAUUCUUUACAAGCCAAAUAUUGUAAAUCGUUGUUCGCAGUUUUUUUUCUUAUUUUCUGCAA